UUCAACUGAAUGCCAAUUUUAUUGCGAGAAAUGAAUGCAUCAGGUUAUUAAAAAUGAAUCAGUUCAGUGAUUCUUUCAAGUUGAAACUGGAUUCAAUUAUUAGUGAUUGAUAAUCAACAAAAAUUUUACAUACAUUACAAUCUGGAUCUUUUUAUUUACUUUAUAAGCAGUAUUUAAUAACAAAUUAAUUUUCGUUCGUCUUAAGUAAAACUUUAUUGUGACUUUUGGCAACAUAUCCCCAGUCUAAUAAUAGAAAAGGCAAAAUUCUCUUCUCAUCGUUUCUGCCACACUACUUUCACGUGAACGCAUGAUUGUGAUUCUUUAUUUACAAUGCUCAACACGUUAUAGUUUAAUAUUGCAAAAAAGACACUCAGAGAAACAAUUUGUUAAUGAAGCACUAAAUAUUGGGUUGAAGUCUUCAAUGAAUGAGAGAAAGAGAGUCAUCGCGGAAAUUAAGGCUACAACUACCUACAAACAAUAUUCAUGAUUGCAUUGUAAACAUAGAAUUUGUAUCUAAUGCUACCAACGAUCCAUAGAAAUAGAAAGGUUGUACGUGAUAAGCUUAAUGAAUGAAUGGCGAUUUACUUUUCACUAUGGGAAGUUUGCAAAUCUUUCACUUCCACGCGAUUAAUGAAUGUGUCUUAAAACUACAUCAACAUUUGUUAUAUAUCUGGUGAAACCUUGAAUUAAUUAUUGUCAGGAAUAUAUUAGUUUUUACACGCUUUUUAACAGAUUUAUUUUAAUAUUAAUAAAAUAAGUUUGGCACAGAAGUUUAGUAGGUGCUGACAAAAUAUUUUCAAGUUUGUUGACAAUUUUCAAGUUUAGUAUAAUUAAAGUUGUAAUUUUUGGAUGAUAAAAAAAGUUAUUUGUAAGUCAUGUCAAGUAAAACUGCAACAGUGUUAACUGCCCAACAAAAGGCACGAAUUGAAGAGAAUAGAAAGCAGGCAUUAGAAAGAUUGAAAUUGCGAAAUACUGCAAAAGGAAUCAAUUUGCCAAAUAAUCCAGUGACAGUGUCAAAAAUACUGCCAACAAGAGCUGAUGCUUCAUCACACCGCGUGAUUCCUUAUUCAAAGCCUCUCCAAAAUUGUUUUUCAAACACUUGUCAAUCGACUGAUGAAAACCCUGUGACGUUUAAUUUAAAGUAUACACAUUGCUUAAUUGAACUGAUAAAUGAAGAAAGAUUUCAAGUCAAAACAAACGGCUAUAAUCAAAAAGUGAUUCAAGAAUUCAAAAAGUUAAAAUCUGCAACAUAUUGCAAAGCAACAAAACAUUGGUCAUUUAGAUUAUCAGACUAUGCUUUACUCAUCGACGGAUUAAAUACGUUAAGAAGUUAUAAUAAUAUCACUUUGUCGAAAAUCCCGGAAUUCGUUAUAACAGCACUGUCUGAAGAAACUCAAAUCGUAGACGAGAAAGCGUGCUUAGAACAAAUAGAUAACACUUUAGUCAGCACUUUACUUGAUUUCCAAAAAAGCGGCAUAUGUUUUGGAAUAAGCAAAAGUGGACGUUGUAUGAUAGCUGAUGAUAUGGGUUUAGGAAAGAGUAGACAGGCAUUGGGCAUAGCAGACUUUUAUAGAGAUGACUGGCCAUUAUUAAUUGUCACGAAUGCUUCAACUCGCCAGUUUUGGGCAAAUGAAGUUGAGAACUUACUGUCAAGAUUGUCGUCUAAUGAUAUACGCAUAUUUCAAGGAACUGGAGAUUGUUAUGAUGGUGCUAAAGUUGUUAUAUGCUCCUAUAAUAAUUUACAAACACACGGAGAAAAUUUAACGCAAUUUGGAGUAAUUAUAUUCGAUGAAAGUCACAAUCUUAAAAAUGAAAAAGCUAAGCAAACUGUAAAUGCCGAGCUUGUUAGUAAAAGUGCACUGCGUAUUAUCAUGCUAAGUGGAACUCCAGCUUUGUCUCGACCUGUUGAAUUGUUUUCACAGCUAAAGAUUCUUGAUAUUAAAAAUGUGCUUAACUUUUAUCAUUUUACUGCAAGAUAUUGUAAUGGACGACAAAGCAAUUUCGGAUGGGAUGUCUCUGGCUGUUCAAAUUUAGAAGAAUUAAAUAUACUACUGAAAAAAAAGUAUUUAAUACGGCGAAUUAAAAGUGAUGUGUUUUUGGAGCUAAGCAAUAAAAAUAGGGAGCUGGUGUUUUUGGACAACUACAAAUACACAACUUCAUAUGAUGAUGAAAUGCAAGAACUUGGCAGUCAAUUUUUGGAGGCAAAUAAUAAUCAUAAAUUUUCUGAGAAUAUAUUAUUGAAAUGGUAUCAAGCUACAUCAAAGGUUAAGGCAUAUGGAGCAAGUUUAUUUGUUAGAAGAUUUUUGGAGCAAAAUGCAUGUAAAAUUUUGGUAUUUUGUCAUCAUAACUUUAUGAUGAAUGCUGUAUGUGCAGAAUUAGACAAAACAAAUAUAGCUUACAUUAAUGUUGAUGGGAAAGUGUCAGGAAGUUACAGAGCUAAACGAGUUCAAGAAUUUCAAACUGAUCCAAACAUUAGAGCUGCUGUAUUGUCCAUUAAAGCAUGUAAUGCAGGAAUCACUUUAACAGCAGCAUCGACAGUUAUAUUCUGUGAGUUUGACUGGAAUCCAAGCUCAAUUAUACAGGCAGAAGCUCGUGCACAUAGAAUUGGUCAAGAGAGUGAAGUUAAAGUUUAUUUUUUAAUGGCAAAAGACACAUCAGAUAACACAAUAUGGGAUUUACUUAAAAAAAAGCAAGACAAGUUGGGCAAAGCAGGGCUUGUGGCUGAUGUAGAAAAUCUUGGUGAUAAUAUUAAAGUUUCUAAUUUUGAUGUUCAGGAAGCAAAGAAUUUCAUAGAGAAGAGACAAACUCUUAAUAAAAAUGUUCGUGUAGCAAAUGAGGAAAAAACCUUUAUAAAUCAAAACCAAGUUGCACCAAAAAUUUGUUACUUUGAGGAUGAUGAUAUCGAUGAUGAAGAAAUGUUUCGACUUGUAGAACACUUGCCAUAAAAUCAGCUUAAAAAUGUAAAAAUAAGUAUGUAAGACUGAAAUAAAUAAAUAUAUAGAUAUUUGAGAAC